AGCUUUUGCAUUAGUUAAAAAGAGAUAGAAACAUGGAGAAAUGACCGACAAGCGACAACAGAGCGGCAAGAGCUAAACCUACGGCACGGCGACAGCGACGCCAUAAGUAUCCCGAAAGUUUGUGCUUAAUUUCAUCGAAAACAAUGCGUACAAACUUGUGGUUGUUGAAUUUGUGAAAAGAUGAAUUCAGCUUUGAAGCCAGUUUUGACGUCUUCGACGCCACAGAAUCCUCCUGUGACGACUCAGCUAAACAAACCGAUGCAUCCUCAAGGAGCCCCAGCUAAUUAUGGGCAACCAUCAACUCACAUGCCUCAGAGUUUAGUUAAUUUACCCCAUAACCCAACGGUCGCCCACACACAUCCCAAUCCUGCCCAUCAGAGUAACCAUUACUCGUUAAAUGUGCCCAACGCGCCACAUUACUCCAGCAACAACCCAUCGACGAUACCUGCCAGCAACCAUCCAGUACCCAACGUCAGUCAAGGGCAAGGCGGACAGACCUAUUCACCCAACAAAAAUGUACCAUUUUCGGGAGGAUACCAACCAAACCUCGGACAUCCGCCCAAUCAAAAUCCGAUGCCCCCGGUGAGCCAGACCCUACCCGCCACGCAGCCCCACCAGCCCCCCGCGGCCGCCGACGAGAAGCCCCAAUCGAACGGCACCGCCGAAGCGAAAUCGCCGACGAAGCCGGAGCCCCAAGAGAACCACGUGUCUUUACCGCGGGACAAAUCGCCGAUGCCCCCCAGUUCGCCCAAAACGACGGAAAAACCCGAAGAAAAACCCUCCCCGACGGCCUUACCUGAACAGAAACAACCUCAGGAAUCGAAACCGGUGGAAGAAGCUAAAACGUCCCCCGAGCCGGCCGACAGCCCCCCUGAAAGUGCGCCGGCCGUGAGUGACACUGACCCGAAACCUGAAACACCCGACACUCCCGAGGCGAAGCCGAGUGAGCCACAAGACACUAAAGAAAACAUCACGGAGGAGGCGACGCAAAGCCCGCCCCCCAAAACAAAAGAACAAAAGCCCAAAACCACGCCCAAAACGGCGAGAAAAUCACGAACGCCCAAACCAGAGGGGGAUUCACCCAAAACGUCCAAGGCCCAGCAGAAAUCACCGACGGUUGCUAAAAGCAAAAGGACGCGAACCAAGACACAACCUUAUCAAAGUCCAUUACCUGAAAUUGAAAUUAUCACUAAAAUUACGUCGUCAACUCCCAGGAAUAAAACAAAUGACGAUAAAUUGAUUGUUUUCUAUAAAAACGAAUUUUUGGCUGUAAGAAACUCAGAGGGUAGUUUUUAUAUUUGUCAAGCUGCGCAAAAUAUCUAUAAAAGCUCACCAAAAAUCCGGAUUCGUUGGCUUUCGCAGGAGAAGAGCGAAAAGUCCGGCGAGGUGUACACACCUGAUUUUUACGAUAAUACAGAUUUUGAUUGUAUAUUAACAAACCUAAAUUUGGUGCGCGUCGAUAAGGGUCGUUACAGAUUGCCCCCCGCCGAAAAAGAGCGAACCGACAGUAUUUUGAAGCGGUCUCUGGCUGUGGAAAAGGGCGAAGUGACCUCGCCCUCCCUCACAGAAGAGCAUCCAGAUGGCAUAGACGUGUCACUUUACAAGGAGGAGAGCCAGUUGAAGAAACGAAAAUCGACCAAACGCAAGGCCUCCUCCGCCCUCCGCUCAAAGUCCGCCAGCAGUACGACAAAGUCGCCCGAUCAACCGAAAGUCCGCAAAGUGGUCAAGCCGGUGAAAAAAACACCCAAGAAGGCACCAGCCCCCGCUAAAACUAAGCCGAAGCCUGAGGAGAAAAAACCGAUUGCGUCGUCAAGUCGGACAGAUCGGGCGAAACGGCGAAGCGACAACCAGAAUCACAAUAAAGUCACGCCGGUGGUUGAUCAGAAGAAGGCCAAGGUGCUGGCCAAAGUGGCCAGGAAAGGCGCCCCCAAGGCGGGCAGAAAUGCGAAAGUGGCAAAGGCCAAGAAGGCGGCGCCUAAGGUCAGCGCGAAGAAAACAAAGCGGUCGAAGAAAUAAAGUAUGUAUAUUCACAUCGAACUUAUCACAUUUUCACUGAGAGUUGUGAUGUGUGAGUUGUGAUGAAGAGGAAUUGCGUCCAAUACAUAUUUCUGACAAAUCAAACUGAUACGUAGCCAGAGAGAAAAUGAUGAACUUGCAGUUUAGGCCUUAACUUUUAGUUAUUAUGGAAUGUGUGUUUGGAUGACAUUCUUCGUAUGUUGCAAUGUUGAUAGUUCUAUUAUCUAUUGGCCAUCUUCAGUAACGGUAUUUAUUUUUGUGUCAUUUUUGGUAGAGUUCUGAUUUUUUGUUUAAGAGUGUUUAUAACAAUAAUUUAAGGGCGUAAUAUUCUCUUCUUCAAAUGCGUUAUUUAAGUUUUCUCAAUUAUAAAGUCUAAAUAGCACUAGUAUUACUUAUAUUUUGUAUCGGUACUCAUUUGUACAUUUAAAGCUCUACUUAGAUGUAAAGUCAUGUGAGCAUAUAAUAUAGAUUUAAUCUAUGAAUAAAAUUGUUUCAAUGAUACUUAGGCGACCGUUGAUGAGUAUAUGUAAAUAUACAAUGACCAAUAUAACUAUAUAUUUCUUUAUAAUUAACAAAAGCACAGGCAAUUUUCGAUUAAGUUAUUAGGAGUUAGUAUGUGUUGUGCUUAAACAAAUUAAGUAUUAAAGAGAUGUGGAAUGGAUGUUGCUGUAGUCUUGUGCCAGUCGAAAUUCGAUGAAAGUUAAAUUUUCCUGAAAUAAUUUAUAAAUGGAAAUAAAUUAUUGAAUAAAUCCUGAAAAUAGCAAAAACAUUUUCUUCCGGAAAUGAAACCACAAAAUGCCAGAACUUCGUCUUUAUUGGUCCACAAGAAUUGAGACAGAUCUUCCCUACACAUUAAUACAUAAGACAUUGUUGAUUGUAUACAUUUGCUUUUUUCUAAAUAUAACUUUUGUAAAAAUAAAAUAUCUCGUAAAAAUA